GGCAGAGCAUCAACCCCAAGCUGGCGGGCCUGGUCGGGCGGCACGGGCCCCAGCACAAGCAGCCCUUCAUGGUGGCCUUCUUCAAGGCCACGGAGGUCCACCUGCGCAGCGUCCGGUCCACCGGGGGCAAGCAGCGCAGCCAGAACCGCUCCAAGGCACCCAAGAACCAAGAGGCGCUGCGAGUGGCCAACGUGGCAGAAAACAGCAGCAGUGACCAGCGGCAGGCGUGCAAGAAACACGAACUGUACGUCAGCUUCCGCGACCUGGGCUGGCAGGAUUGGAUCAUUGCCCCGGAAGGCUACGCCGCCUACUACUGCGAGGGAGAGUGCGCCUUCCCCCUCAACUCCUACAUGAACGCCACCAACCACGCCAUCGUGCAGACGCUGGUCCACUUCAUCAACCCGGACACAGUGCCCAAGCCCUGCUGCGCGCCCACGCAGCUCAACGCCAUCUCUGUCCUCUACUUCGACGACAGUUCCAAUGUCAUCCUGAAGAAGUACAGGAACAUGGUGGUGCGGGCCUGCGGCUGCCACUAGGCCCCUCCCGCAAGCCAGACCCAAAGGGACCACGUCCUCCGGAUCCCACGUGCCUCGCCGGCAGCCCACCCGCCUUCGGGGCCCGCCCCACUGCCUGCUGCCCUGAGCUGGACAGCGACCUCUGAUCCCGUUCUCGCUGUGGGCGGCGCCCGUGGACAAGACCCCAGGAGCUGCUGCAGGCGUGCCGAGCGGGGAGAGAAACCUGUUAACCAGCCAAGUCGCCCGGCCGCGGUCUCUGGCUGCACAGUGCACGCGGAGCCCGGACUCGGUCCAGAGGUAACCGAGCGCCCCCCAGCCGGGCCACCGGCGGCGGGGAGAGGCAGAGGGCGUGGCCGGGGCGGGCAGGUGUAAGUUGUGCUAAAGAAAAACUGACGGUGGAAGUUCCUGUAAUAAAUGUCGCAAUAAAACAAAUGGAUGAAAAUGGU